ACUGGAUCCGGAACGAACUCUCCCUUGGUGAAGAGAAGAAAGUUUAUUGUCUAUUUCUCUGGUAAUGGCCAAAGAAAUUGGCUCCCUAAAAGAUUCUUGAUUGUCAAUAGUAGAAACAUCACUGAUGAACUCAAGAAAUUUAUACAAAAAAGCAUCGAUAUGACAGAAAAGACGGGUAAUGUCAAUCCUUUGAGAGUGCUCUCCCUCUCUUACAUCUUCCCUGUCAGCAAAUUACAGCCAAAAUAUUCUGUUGCUGAAUAUGUUGACGUUAGCAUGAAAAGAGAUUUGGAGAGAUUUGCAAUCCGAAAAAUUGAAAUGAAGAAGGCAUCAGCUGAUGCAUUGAUUUACUGCAAGACAGUCACCGAUGUAAAGUACUACAGUUGUAAAGCAGAAUGA